AUGACGCCGUCGUCGCGCGUGCUCUACCGCCGGCCUGACCACGCCGACAACCUCGUGCACUCCGACUUCCUCUCCUCGCUGCAGGUCACUCCGCCCUCGUCGCGUUCGCUGCCCUCGCUGCUCCGCGCCGCGCAGCCGCUGACACAGCGACUCUCGCUCCUGCUGCUCCUCCUCGCGCUGCACGCCCAUCUCCUCGGUGGCGCGCUCGUUGCACCGCACCUGCUUCUCUUCUGUGCGCUGCUCCUCUCGCCGCUGCUGCUCGCGCUGCUUCUCAAGCCGCGCAUCGAGCGCAACCGCAUCGUCGUCGGCACCGGCGUCAAGCUCCUGCUCCUCGCCUCGCUCUCGCCGCUGCUGCACACGCUCGUGCCCAUCUCGCUCGACACGCUCACGUUCCUGCUGCUGCUCCUCUUCACGCUGCACCUGGUGCCGCCGCUGCGCCUGACUGCGGGCACUGCUGGCGCCGUGCUGCUCUGCACCACGCACGCCAGUGCACGCGACGCAUUCGCGCUGCUGCUCUGCGCUUUCACCCUCCUCUUCUUCCUGCCGCCGCUCCUGCCCGUCCGCAGCAGCACGACGGCAACGCUCGCCGGCCUCGCGACUGCCGCGCUUGCAGCACACAGCCGUGCCGCAGGAGGCGCAGCGACGCUCCUCCUCGCCGCAGCAGGCGUCGCGGCGCCCAGCCUCAUGUGGGCCGCGCUUCGCCGGCCCGGCGGCAAGGUGCGCCUGAGCGGCGACUGGGACGUGGCGGUUCCAAGAGUCCGCGCGCGGUAA